AUGACAUCGCCCGGAGAUGCUGCUCCGGUCAAACCUCCGCCGUCCUUCUCCCCCGGCGUUGCGCGAGUCGCAUCCACAUCACCAUCACGAUACCCCGGGGACCAUGAAACAACUCAAUCUUUAGACGCCGAACUGGCAGAAUCCCAAUCAGUGUCAUCGCCGACCCCUCUUUCAGGCACGAUUGCCGACUUACCACUACGACCUGGCUCGUCGCACUCGCGCUCUGGGAGGUCUUCCACUCCACAGUUAGCAAGGUCAUCAAUCGGUUCACCUUUCGAUGGAAGAUCUGAUGGCUCGGAAGAUAUAAGAUCAUUAAUUAUCCGGUCUUUCUCACCCACUAUCGCAGUCCAUGCCUCCGAGGAUACCGACGAUUUGGUGAGGAACAAGGGGUUCAAGGGGGGGUUUUGGGAGUUGAUCCGACCCUUUGGAGAAACAGUUGCCGGAAAGGUGGUGAUCCGGGACAGUAUAGGCUCGAGUCGUGCCUGGGAGGACUAUGGAGUGCGCUUUGCCGAUUUCAGAGGGAUCGGCGGCAGGGCUCCGGCUAGUCGAGACUCCGGGCCCCUGGCGCAGAUGGAAGAAGUGUUGACCAAGCAGUUAAACUCUUCAGAUGGCAUGCUUGGUGCGUCGGUACGGACAAAGGAUGUUUUGGGAUACCCCGGAACAACUCCAUUAAGCAAGUCCUUUUUGCAACAACUACUGUGUUCGGCGCCUACAGCGCCUCACGAGACAUUCGGCCACCCAGUAGCCAAUGUAAUAGCCAUCAGCUCGCGCAACGCAGCUCCGCUGGAGACACUCAGGCAGCUCUACGCUGAUGGUACCACUGGAGACAAACAGCUGCCCGACUGGGUCAACCAAGAAUAUCUUCGGUAUUACGUUUUAGUUCAUGACGAAGAACGAGACGAUAUCACGGAAUCUAUCAAGCUUUAUGAUCAAAUGAAGCGGCACUUCGGGCUACACUGUCAUCUUUUAAGACUUCGGAGCAGCCAGUGUGUGGUGACAGACGAUGAUAGCAUGCAAGUUCCCCAGUGCGAAUGGCUCUCGCCGUCAGAGCAUCUGUCGGGAGCAGGUGAAGCAGAAGCCUUGGUUGACCUCGGCACUGAUGGCACACCAUAUCUGUUUGGCUCCGAUGCCACUGCGAUCAAGGCAUUUAUCCGAGAACUAGUGGUGCAGUCCGUAAUUCCAUUCAUGGAAAAUAAAGUAGCUGUCUGGAACGACCAGGUUGCAUCUCGGAGGCGUGGUAUAAGUGGCCGAUUUAUGUCGAUGUCUCGGCGAUGGGCUGGCUUCGGCUCAAGCUCACGUUCAAGUAUUGGAGGCUCAUCAGGUGGUAACAGCGGGAACUACGACCCAACACAUCAUUCUUAUAGUCCAGACUCCCCGGAGGCUAUCUUGCGGAAGAUGGCGGACUAUGCCUUCAUGCUCCGCGAUUGGAAGCUAGCCGCAUCCACAUAUGACAUGAUUCGAUCGGAUUAUGGCAACGACAAAGCCUGGAAGUAUCAUGCUGGUGCCCACGAAAUGUGCGCUGUCAGCAUGCUUCUAAACCCAUUGGCCACAUCAGCCAAAAUUAAGCUUGAGAGCGUCGAUCAAAUGUUCGAGACUGCUUGUUACUCCUAUCUCACACGUUGUUCAGAUGCACCACACGCACUACGCUGUUUAUCCCUAGCGGUUGAACUCCUCAAGUCUCGUGGCGGGUCAGCCACCGAGAGCGCAGCCAAAUGGGCCAUGCGGGUCAUGGACUUUGGUCUUGUGGGCUCAGUGGGUCAAAUCCUAUACACUGAAAGAGUAGCAGCUUGCUAUGCUUCAAAGACACCAGUUGGAGCAGCGAAAUGGGGUGGACGUCGCCGAAAAGCCGGCAUGUGGAGCAUUGCUGCUGCCGAUCAAUGGCUUAAAGCUGGCCAACCUACCCUAGCUUCAGCCUGUCUGGAAGAAGCCGAGCGUCUCUAUGCUGACGUGCUGCAGGCUGACGGAGUAUUCCCCAUGCCUGAGAUGCAGAGCUUCGUUGAUAAUCUGCGCCAUGCUGUCAAGGUUGAAUAUCUUGAAGCGAGGGGAUUCGAUGCCCGAGAUGAACCAGCUACUGAUGAUCUCUUGGGUACUGAGGAAACUAGCGAGAAGCUUGACAUGCGCCAUCAUCGUCGGUCUUUGAUUGGGCCUCCUGUGCAGCUGGAUGCCGGGGCCUUCAACACGACGCAGGGGCCUCUGGACCCUGAAAGUCCGUCCAAUGAUGACUUUGAACGAGCUUAA